AUGCCGCAGCACCUGCGCGUGCUCCUCGUCCUGGCGGCACUCACCGCGUCGCCGCUAGCCGCGGCGUGGCGCCCGUGGCCGCCGCGCGACAACGGUACGACGGGCGUGGCGGGCCUGGGCGCGUCGAAGAAGUUCGAGGGCUCGUCGGAGUUCGUGAAGCUAGAGUACCACAUGGGCCCGGUCCUGGCUUCCGCCAUCACGGUGCACCCGAUCUGGUACGGCCCCUGGCCCGCCGCGCAGAAGCGCACGAUCCGCGCGUUCCUCCGCUCCCUUGCGCCUCCGCCCGACGCCGAGGCCCGCAUUCCUCCUCCCUCGGUCUCCGCCUGGUGGCGCACGGUGCGGCUGUACACGGACCAGACGUCCGCCAACGUGUCGGCGGCCGUGUCCCUAGGCGCGGAGAAGUCGGACGCGCGGAUGUCCCGCGGCGCGCGUCUCUCCCGGAUGGACAUCCAGGCGGUGGUCCGCGACGCCGUGACGGCGCGCACCCGCCCGCUCCCCGUCGACUCCAGCGGCGGCGUGUACCUGGUGUGCGGCUUCCACUACUUCACGUUCCCGUCGGUGGUGGGGUACACGCUGCCCUACGCGUGGGUGGGGAACUCGGCGCGGCGGUGCCCCGAGGUGUGCGCGUACCCGUUCGCCAUCCCGGCGUACGUGGCGCCGGGGCGGAAGGCGGAGGCCCCGCCCAACGGCGACGUCGGCGUGGACGGCAUGGUCAGCGUCAUCGCGCACGAGCUCGCGGAGCUCGCGACCAACCCGCUCGCCAACGCCUGGUACGCCGGGAGUGACCCCUCGUUCCCGACCGAGAUCGCCGACCUCUGCGAGGGGAUCUAUGGUACCGGCGGCGGUGGCGCGUAUACCGGGCAGCUCCUCACGGACGCGCGCUCCGGCGCGGCGUACAACGUUAACGGCGCCGGCGGGCGGAGGUUCCUCGUGCAGUGGGUUUGGAACCCCGUGCUCAGCUACUGCUCCGGCCCCAACGCGCUCGACCAGUAG